AUGGCGUACGUACAGCAGAUAGGGUGGUACAACCUGUCUGUGCCUCCCUCGCUGCAGCUGGUGACAUACCGCAAUACCUACCUUUUUAACGUCGGAGAAAACUCGCAGAGGGAAGAUUGGCUGCAUCUUCCUGACCGCCGUGAACUCUUCGACAGUAGACGGACUGACGGGGAUUCUUCUGGCAGUAGAACGGACGUCUAUCGAGACCCUGCGAAUAUUUGGACCGCCUCCGACCAAGGCGCUUGUGGAAGCCAUCAAGGAGCAAUCCUUCACAAAGUUGGUUGGCUCCUAGAAUUGCGACAUGAUCCCGAUAGUGCAACUCUUGAAGUUUAUGCCCACGAAAUCACCGAAACAACAUUUGUGGAGCUAGCCAGGGAGGAUGGCGUGGCCGUGUAUGGUGCGUCCUACAGGGGUGACACGGAUUACGGCACGUUCCACGUGGUAGACAGCGUUGUGAACCUGAAUGUCGCUUACGUCAUCGCUUUUGACAACGAGUCGGGGCCGUUUCUUCCACAUGAAGCGCGCCGUCUGGGUGUCACAAAAGGGUCCGACUUCGGUCUGCUGAAGAAAGGCCAGGCGGUGCAGGUUGCGGAUGGUUCCUGGGUGCAUCCGCAGCAAGUCAUCGGCUCUCCGUUGAGGGGCAGAAAAUCCCUGAUCAUGCACAGCAAUGGGCCGGCAUCGUUAGACAACGUGGAUAAGGCUCGAGAUUUAGUAGGCCGACUGGACUACGUUUUCUGGAUGAACACUACCGAUUCCGAGGAUCUGGUGGCGGGGAAGGCACCGCCGUUAGACGAGACUAGAAAGCACGUCGCACUUACCAAAGCACACUACCUCAACAGUGUGCAUGCGACAUUUGCGCCGCAGCUCUUCCCAACACCGCCGAACCCCCAAGACAAGUUCUUCGGGUUCGCCGUUGAUGAAGAGGGGCAAGAAAACCAGCCGAAGCAAAGCACCUUCCUUCGGCCGCUCACGAAAAUUGUGAUGUAUCCGGCGCAUAAGGCGACUGUCGUCGAGGACUUCGCGUGCUGCGGGUACUCACAGGAGCUGUUUGACAAGGAUGACGUGCCAAUGAUGGACAGUUUGGAUGACAACCUACUCAGUGACCCUUCCAUCACGUUUCUGGGGACCGGGUGCGCUGCCCCUGGGCCGAUACGAAACGUGUCGGGUAUAUUGCUCAGGCUGUCCAAGGCUUGCGCCGUCAUCCUUGACGCCGGUGUAGGGACGCUUCAGCAGAUAUACCUGUGCUCAAGCACCAUGGGCGAAUUUGUCGAAACCAUCAGCGCGAUACGGGCCAUUGUAGUGUCACACUCACACGGGGACCACUAUGUGGGCGUCUGCAGCCUGCUAGCCUACCGAUACAAAUACGGCAAGAUGUGCAAAGUCAACGACCGACCGACUGUAUUCGCGCCCGCGCGCAUUUUGCAGUGGAUGGAGUUUUACAAAAAUAACGUUUCGCCAAUCGACUAUGACGGCAUCGAAACCGUGAUUGGCGGGAAGCACACUGUGCCGGUGUGCAAUUCUGGAAUGCAGUUCAACUUUUUCGCCGUGGACCACAUAUCGGAUUCCGUGGGCGUUCGGCUGACGCACGAGGCGAUAGGCAGCGUGGUGUACUCGGGCGACACCCGCCCGUGCGACAGCCUUAUCGAGGCUGCCAUGGACUGCGACGUGUUGAUCCAGGAGGCGUCGUUUAACGACAGUGAUCAGGCGCAGGCCACGAACCGGUAUCACACGACCUUUUCGGAGGCGAUUGACAUCGGCGAGCGGUGCCGCGCCCGCGCAACCAUUUUGACCCACUUUAGCCAGCGUUACAAGAGCAUCGAGUUGGGUGUGGAGCCACGGAAUGACCUAAUCGUCGCGUACGACCUCAUGCGCAUACCCAUCAAAGCCAUCAGCACUGUAGCGGAGCCCAUGCUGAUAGCCACGGAGGAACUGAACUUAGUACUUAAUCAAAUUUCAGACUAG